GCCGCCUACACCGAGGGCGGGGCAACUUGCUCAUUGGCCCCUUCCUACCAAAGUUCAGCUCUGAUUGGAUCAGCCCCAGCAAUGGGCGGGGCUGGUAAUAAUGGAUGCAUAAACUGGAACCUGUACUAUAACGUGUGUCGUCCUGGGGAGCACAACCCUCACAAGGGAGCCGUCAACUUUGAUAAUAUCGGCUAUGCCUGGAUAGCCAUAUUCCAGGUCAUCACACUGGAAGGAUGGGUGGAUAUUAUGUACUAUGUCAUGGAUGCUCACUCCUUCUACAAUUUUAUAUAUUUUAUACUGCUCAUUAUUGUGGGCUCUUUCUUCAUGAUCAACUUGUGCCUCGUGGUCAUCGCCACCCAGUUCUCUGAGACGAAGCAAAGAGAGAACGCUCUGAUGAGGGAGCAGCGAGCUCGCUACAUGUCCAACGACUCCACGCUCGCCAGCUACAGUGAGCCAGGCUCGUGCUAUGAGGAGAUGCUACGCUACAUCAGUCACCUUUACCGCAAGCUAACACGCAGGUUGCAGAGGAUAUACUCUGGAUGGCACAGUAAGAGGCGUAAAAAGGUGAAUCCAAAUGGCAGCAGUGGAGGGAGUAAUGGCGGGGGUUCUAGCAGGGGCUGCGGAGGCUCUGGCCCCGGUAGCGCUCUGUGGCUAAGACCGAUCCACAACCUUUUGCAGCACCAUCAGCACCAGCACUGUCGCCUCAGCAACGGGGGGCAGCACAGCAUCACCGUAGAGCCCGCAGAGCACACAGAGGGAGCGGAGGAAGAGCUGGAGAUGAAGCCACUUCCUGUCCGGAGAGGAAGCACGAAUAACGGUGGACAGCCGUCGGGCGUCACCCAGCGCAUGGGCUCGUUGCUGGGGCGGUUGAACGGGGGAAUGAACUACCCGACCAUCCUGCCGUCGUUUGUGUGCAGCUACAGCAGCAAGACUCCGCCCCCCCACUCCCAGCAGUGUGGGCAGUGUCCGGAGCAGCACCCGCUAAACCACCCGACGUCUGAACACACGGAGACACUGAACAAACUCUACCAGCUCAUGGGACAGCACAGACGCCAGAGGCUUCUGUACCAGCUGGCAGGCGUGGUGCCCAGCCCUCUGCUCCUGGAGCUGCUGAGCUGCCCUCUGUGUGCUCGCAGCCUGGAGACCUUGGAGCUGGAACUGGGAGACCUGGAGGGAGGCAGAGGAGAGGCUGAUGGACUGCAUGACUUCCCCCAGGGUGGUGAUCUGAGAGGCGGCCGAGGUCGUAGCAGACGGCGGGGGGUCUACGAGUACAGACACGCAGUCGUUCGGGCCUGGGUCAGCUUCAGGGAUAAACUGAAGAGGAUAGUGGAGAGUAAAUACUUCAACCGGGGGAUCAUGAUCGCCAUUCUCGUCAAUACUCUCAGCAUGGGGAUUGAGUACCACGAGCAGCCUGAGGAGCUAACAGAUGUGUUGGAGAUCAGCAACAUCGUCUUCACCAGCAUGUUUGUUCUGGAGAUGGGCUUCAUGCUGCUCGCUUUUGGCUUGUUUGGGUACAUCAGGAACCCGUACAACAUAUUCGACAGCAUCAUUGUUAUAAUAAGUGUGUGGGAGAUCAUCGGUCAAGCAGAUGGAGGGUUGUCCGUCCUGCGAACGUUUCGUCUGCUGCGGGUUCUGAAGCUGGUUCGCUUCCUGCCGGCCCUGAGGAGACAGCUGGUGGUGCUGAUGAAGACUAUGGACAACGUGGCCACAUUCUGCAUGCUGCUGAUGCUUUUCAUCUUCACCUUCAGCAUAUUGGGGAUGCAUCUGUUCGGGUGUAAAUUUAGUCUGAGGACAGAGAACGGAGACACCAUCCCUGACCGCAAGAACUUUGACACUCUGCUCUGGGCCAUCGUCACCGUGUUCCAGAUUCUUACCCAGGAGGACUGGAAUGUGGUGUUGUAUAACGGCAUGGCCUCCACCUCUCCAUGGGCUGCUCUUUACUUUGUUGCUCUCAUGACAUUUGGGAACUAUGUGCUCUUCAACUUGCUAGUGGCCAUCUUGGUUGAGGGCUUUCAGGCUGAGGGUGAUGCUAAUCGAUCAGAGUCAGAUGAUGAGAAGAAAUCCGACAACUUUGAGGAGGACGAGAAGGUUGAACAGCUCAGAGACACUGAGCUCAAAAUGUACUCUCUGAUCAUGACAGCCAAUGGUCAUGUUGACCCGCGCGGCACAAUGGCUCCUCCCAUAAUCAUGCGCACAGCAGCCACGCCCAUGCCCACUCCUAAAGGCUCUCUGGGACCUGACUCCAUCCUUGGAGAUGACCUCGUGGGGGUGCCUCAGUAUGGGGAGGUGGGACUAGGCUUCUCUGAGGCAGGACUCGGUCAUGCAGAUUCUCGCCGCGGAAGCUCCACGUCCAUUGACCACUUAGCCUACGACCAGCAUUCUCUGAGCCCCUCAAGUCCCGGCAGACGCUCCCCUCUUCCUCCCCGCUCCUGGGGAAGCCGACGCUCGAGCUGGAACAGCCUGGGGAGGGCGCCGAGCCUCAAAAGGCGAGACACCACCGGGGAAAGGGAGAGCCUGUUGUCCGGAGAGGGAGGAGAGGAGGAGGAUAGUAGGGAGAACAAGGGGGAUGCCGGCGGGGUGACCAACAGACUGCAGCCGGAUCAUUUGGAGCUGCUGCAGGCGUCCACUCUCUUCCCCUCCAUUAUAACAGAGUAUGGCGACUGUAAUGGGAGGACCCUGAACUAUGACCCUCACAUGAGCGCAGAGUCAAAGGAAGACUCCUCGCCUGAGGACGACUUAGAUGAUGACAGUUCUUUGUGCUACUGGAUCAAAACGAAGGUCCUUAACUUGAAGCCCCGCUGGUGCAAAGAGCACGAAGACUGGAAUCUGUAUUUGUUCUCUCCGGAGAGCCUACUCCGGGUGUGGUGCCAAAGUGUGAUCUCUCACAGAUUGUUCGACCAUGUGGUUCUGGUUUUCAUCUUCCUUAACUGCAUCACCAUUGCUCUGGAGAGACCUGAUAUAAAGCCCGACAGCACUGAGCGAGUGUUUCUGAAUGUGUCCAACAACGUUUUCACUGUGAUAUUCCUGGCAGAGAUGGCCGUCAAGGUUGUAGCGCUCGGUUUCUGCUUCGGGAAGCAGACUUACCUCCAGUCCAGCUGGAACGUCCUCGACGGUUUGUUGGUCUUUGUGUCUCUGGUGGACAUUCUGGUCUCACUGACGAACGCUGGCGAGAACAGGAUCCUGGGCAUCCUCCGAGUCCUCCGCCUCCUACGAACACUACGCCCACUGAGGGUGAUCAGUCGAGCCCCAGGUUUGAAGUUGGUUGUGGAGACACUCAUCACCUCUCUUAGGCCCAUCGGGAACAUUGUCCUUAUCUGCUGCGCCUUCUUUAUUGUUUUUGGCAUCCUGGGGGUUCAGCUGUUCAAAGGGAAGUUUUACCACUGUGAGGGUCUGGACACCAGAAACAUCACAAACAAGUCUGACUGUCUGCAGGCCAGUUACCGCUGGAUACGAAGGAAAUACAACUUUGACAACCUGAUCCAGGCUCUGAUGUCUCUGUUCGUCCUGUCCUGUAAGGAUGGCUGGGUCAAUAUCAUGUAUGAUGGUCUGGACGCAGUGGGAAUGGACCAACAGCCUGUGAGGAACCACAACCCCUGGAUGCUGCUCUACUUCAUCUCCUUCCUGCUCAUCGUCAGCUUCUUCGUCCUCAACAUGUUCGUCGGCGUCGUGGUGGAGAACUUCCACAAGUGCCGGCAGGACCAGGAAGAGGAGGAGGCCCGCCUACGGGAAGAGAAGAGGCUCAAAAUGAUAGAGAAAAAGCGCAGGAAGGCCAAGCAGAGGCCUUACUACGCCGACUACUCCCCCGUCCGCCUGACCAUCCACACACUGUGUACCAGCCACUACCUGGACCUCUUCAUCACCUUCAUCAUCUGCAUCAAUGUCUUAACCAUGAGCAUUGAGCACUACAAUCAACCCGAGUAUUUAGAGGAGGUCCUGAAGUACUGCAACUAUGUGUUCACCUGCAUUUUCGUCUUUGAGACUCUUCUCAAACUCGCAGCAUUCGGCAUCCACAGGUUCUUCAAAGACAGGUGGAAUCAGCUGGAUAUAGCUAUAGUGGCGCUGUCCAUCAUGGGUAUUACUCUGGAGGAGCUCAAAAUGAGUGCAGCCCUGCCUAUAAAUCCCACCAUCAUCAGAAUCAUGAGAGUCCUAAGAAUAGCACGAGUGCUCAAACUCCUGAAGAUGGCCACAGGGAUGAGAGCUCUGCUGGAUACUGUCAUGCAAGCGCUGCCACAGGUUGGGAAUCUUGGCCUCCUCUUCAUGCUGCUCUUCUUCAUCUAUGCUGCUCUGGGAGUGGAGCUUUUUGGCAAACUGGUUUGCAAUAACAACAACCCAUGUGAGGGUCUGAGCCGUCACGCCACCUUUGAGAACUUCGGGAUGGCUUUCCUCACACUGUUUCGAGUGUCCACCGGAGACAACUGGAACGGAAUUAUGAAGGACACAUUAAGGGAGUGUCAUCACGAGGACCGCUUCUGUCUCCCCUACCUUCCCCUCUUCUCUCCCAUUUACUUUGUCACAUUUGUGCUCAUGGCCCAGUUUGUGCUGGUCAACGUGGUGGUGGCUGUUUUGAUGAAACAUCUGGAGGAGAGCAACAAGGAGGCGAAAGAAGAUGCAGAAAUGGACGCAGAGAUCGCCUUGGAAAUGGCCAUGGAGAGAGAGCGCAAAUUAAGCACAACCUCCAACAACAGCUCAGCAGAAGGGACCUAUGUUGGGCCAUGUCCAAAUUCACCUGGAGAGGAGGAAGAGGGGCAGUACGGCGACCAGGAACUGCUGUCACCGAGGAAGAUGUCAGUAUCCAGGAUGCACUCUCUGCCUAACGACAGCUACAUGUUCCGACCCGUGCGGCCCGCCAGCGCCCCCUACCCAUUGGAGGAGAUAGAGCUCAGUCCCCAGCACCAGCAUUCAGGUUCAGUGACUUCCGUCCAUUCCCAGCCAUGUGAGAGGCGCGCACUGCUGCAAGUACCAGACGUCUCUCCGGUUCACCCUCGUUCCUCUCCAACCGUCAGCCUUCCCCGCAUUGCCCCGCCCACACCAAACCCCUCCCCAAAGCCCCUGCGCAGACAGGUGGCCCUCAAAGUGGAUUCUGUGGAGUCUCAGGGUUGUGAGCAACGAGAAAGGCCCAACCCCAUCCAUCUGCCUCCUCUCUCCCCUUCUCCUCUCUCUCCUCACACCUCCUCCCCAUCCCCUCUUCCUCCACCUCCUCCCUCCUCUCCAUCAGCCCUCUCUCUCCCACCCUGUUGCCCCUCUCCCUUUCCCAUCCCCGCUCCCUCUCCUCUGCCUCCCCCGCCAUCUUCUCCCUCGCUUCUUCUCCCUCCGCCUCCCUCCCCUCGCCUCCCCCUGCGCCCUCCGAGCCUCAGGAGACCCAGACCGCCCUCUGCGGCCUCAUUCUGCGACCCGGCGGACGAGGAGGUGUACCACAUCACCAGCUCAGCCCGCCACAGGUGGAGAGAUGAGGGAGAGGUAGGGCAGGAGAGCAGAGGAAAAAGUGGACGAAGCCACUCCCUCUCUCCUUACACCAUCACACACUCCCAAGACUCCACCUCCUUUCCUCCUCCUCCCCCGCUACCUCCUUCCUCCUCGAGGAGCGCACUCAGUCUGCUGGGGUUGGGAUUGAAGGACCGUGACUUUAGGAAAGGUUUAAGUGUCGACAACCAGGGCUUCCUGGAAAAGCCGUUAUCACUGUCUGUUGGUUUCCCUGACGACCAGAGGCGCCACUCUAUCGAGGUCUGCCUCCCGCAGGUUCUUAAUCCUGGUGAGGACCAGAACUUUACACAUCGGUCAGAAAAAGGCAGUCAGGCAUUUCCUGUGAGGGUGCAGUCUGUUGGGGGCGGCCACAGAAAGAAGAAGAUGAGUCCACCAUGUAUCUCCAUCCACCCGCCCUCAGAGAGGGAGCAACCACAAGUUGCCUCACCCCCAAAACUGGUGGACUGCAGCAUGAUGCUGAGACGCAGGACGCCAUCGUAUGAUUUAACACCACACACACACGCAAACUCACAGGACGUCUCUCCAACGCACUCCCCAAUGCACACGCCGCUCACACCCAUUCACGUGCCGCUUCAGACACACUCACCGACACACACAAUGACACCCUCCUCUCCAGCACACACUCACGCAUCCACACCAACACACCGACACAUCCCCAUCAGCCCCAACAUCUUCAUCCAGCCUCACGCACCUCUCCUUCCAAACACGAUGCCUUUCCCUCCGCCUCGCUCGCUCUCCCCGGCAGCGAGACGUUCCCCUCUCACAGGCGACAGCAUCCCCCUCCCACAGUUCACCUUCGACCAACCACAGUCCAGAUACAUGAGCGGCCUGUCAGCCGGCCUAUCAGACGCUGAGACAGCCACAUGCUCUUCCCCUUUCGACAGCAGACUGGGAAGUGGGGCAGGAUUCAGUGCAAAGAAUCGGAGGACCGCCCAGUAAACGUCUAAAAUGCCUUCAGGAGAAUUAUUUGGGCCAAAGUCUCUGGAAUUGCAGUAGAGGGGCCUUGGCUUACCUUAGCAGAGAGAAUGAGGGGAGAAAAAAAACAGAAUAAGAGGUUUACUUGAAGAGGGAUUUUUAAAGAUAAAUAUUGAAAAGACAUUUAUAACCCUUUCCGCUGGUACAGUCCCCACUUUGAAAAAAAAAGACAGUUGGUCCUCUUACUGAACCCAGCGUGAAGGACAGAAGAUCCACAGAGGCUGUACCCACUGUACAUGGUGUGUUCCAGACUUGGACUAAUUACGCACCAGGACUAAAGCCACCUAACUCCGUAGCCAAAGUUUUUUUGACACACUGUCCCACCCCGCGCGAGCCAAUCAGGAAGCAGCGUCUGGCUGAUAACCGCUGACCUUUUACAGGAAGCAGUUUGUGAAAUGUGAGCGCGGGGGGUGGAAUUGUGGGAUAUGCAACUUCAGGUUUUCUACAGAAGUUCUGCUUGCCCCCUCCUCUGCUCCUCGAUCACAUUGAUCCGAGCAGAAAUGUGUGCGUGUGAGUGAGCGUGUCUGCGUUUUCUUUCCUAUGUGCGAGUAUCGUCAAUUCUGUUGUCAUGGAAGUCGGCCAUGUUAUUCUUACGCCUGUGACAACAGAGAGGGGGAGCAGAGCUGUAGUGUAUGUUUAUCUGUGUAUCUGUGCAGUGUAAAUAAAGGAAAAUACUGUAUUUGGUGAGAUUAAAAAUAGCUCUAUCCAUAUGCACAUAUUUUUAUAGAUAUCUAAAAUGUUUUUGCACACAAAUUUGAAUUUCAAGUUGCUUGUUUUUCCUCUGUUGUCCUCUUGUGAAUGUAUGUUUCUUUUCAGAACAGAGAGAGAGCGAUGGAGGAGAUCAACCCUCUCCUCUUGACAGGCUAGCUGAGGUUGAAGCAUGGGAAUAGUAUUUUUCUAUUUUGAAAAAGAGAAGGACGAGAACAGGGGUGUGAUGUGUUUGUGUUGCUUCGGCUCAGAUUUUAAUGUAUUUGUAGUCUAAAAAAAAAAGUCUGGAAAGGUGGGCUCAGUGAUUCCAACCAAAUUCAUCCUUUAUAUUAAUACAGACUACAAGCUGAAGUGUUGUCUGUCCACAAAUUUCGAAUCACAAUGUGGCUAUCGAAUGGCUAUUUAAUACAGAAGAACCUACAUUUUCUUUUCCUUUAGAAAAGAAGUUUAAAUGUGACGCAAAAAAAAAGCUAAUAUCCUCCAAUUUAUAUAGAAUUGUCCAAAUAAAUCGUAAAAUAAAAACUUGCAACCAAGAUAGCCUUCUAACUUGUAGCAAGCCAGCCAACCAAGAUAGCUAGCUAGCCAGCAAACCAGCUGACUAGCUUGCGAGCUAUCGUGCUUGGCUGCUUACUUUGGGAUAAAAUACCAAGAGAGCAGGAUAAAAUAAAAUAAAAAAGCCAUCACUGAGCUCCACUUCUUUUCAAGCUCUGACACCACUUUGUGUUCUGUGCAUCUAAAGACAACCAAACUAACUUACUAAAUAUGUGUAGCCAGAGUGCAAUAAUAAUAUAUACUUGUGAAAACUAUAGUUACAUCCACACUACAUAACACUACCACAUUCUUGUUUUCGUACAUACUGUAGAACUAUAAUAUAGAUGAUAUAAACCCAUUUUUAUACGAGGAUUGAGAGUAUUUCUAUGUAGUCUUCAUGCUACUUUAGCUAGCUGCCCCCUGAGUGUGGCAUGGUGUGGAUAAAAGCAGUGCUAUAGUGUAGAUUUCUCUAAAAGCUCAGGCGUUCCUAUCAUGAAGAGAGACCCAUGUUUCUGCAGAGGACUUAUUUAUCACCUGUUGAUCUAAUUUUAACCAACGGCGUCAGAUCAGCGUGAGACAACACACUGUAUUUGUUAGCUACCUGCAUAUGUGUUAGCUGAAACCCCUGUUCAUGAAACCUCCUGAGGUGUGAAUGAUGAAGAAGGAUGAGCAUUUUCCUUCCAGUGGAUGAAUGUUUUCCUACCAAGCCAUACCUUUACUCCAACUCAGCACAAUAUACAAUUUAUUCUACGUUAUACAUUGUCUGGUUUGGCACAGGUACACAAAAAGCAUCUUAAACAUAUUUUAGAGGUAGCUGGCUGGGACAGCGUCUUUAUAUUUUCUGAUGAAGUAGACUAGUGUGCUAUGACACGGUAAAUUAAAAUUUAAACUUUUAUCAAUUUGAUAGGAGUUGCCAAACAAAAUGUACAUUUUUGUGAUCGAUUAUCAGGACGACAAACUUUUAUGUUGAUUGCAAAAAAUAGCUAAAACAGUGUUCAUCUGGUUUCAUAGGGAAUAAACAAAAGCCAAUAGAUUUUUCUUAAAACGUGGAUAAAAAAGUGGGGGAUAUAUUAUUAGAAAUUGCAUAAUUGGGCGUGCCCAUGCCUGCAGAAACUAUUGACACAAAGACAGCGAUAAAAGCAGGUCCACAGAUCAUCAAGUCAAUGUACAUGUUUUAUGUCUUGAAGGCAGUAUGCAUGUAGGGGGAAAAUUGUGAGACAAAGUGUAAAGAAAAGUAAGAAACUAUGUUUGCAUCACUUUGCCUGUGAUUGGUUGUCAAAGUCUGACAGACAGAAUGAAAAGCUCUCGGACAAUGAAACGGGGGUUUGAAAAUGCUGCUGACGAUGAACGCCGUCCGUUCAUCUUUUGAUAGUCCUCUUCUUCCAGUUCUGACACACAGAAGCACAGCUGAUGUUGGAUUCUGAUAUGUUGUCCUCCCUUCUGUUUGUGGCACAGUCUGUGUUUUCAUUUGAAUGCAGUAUUGUGCUCAAACACACUGUCAUUGUGCAACUUCUUUGCCCUGUUACCAUCUCCCCUUCCUGCACAGGCUGUCACUAAUGGGAAGUUUUCAGUUGUCGGAAGACGGCCUCUCUCUGCCUCACUCUUACUUGACUUAGUGCAGACCACACUGAUCUACAGCAUAUUGCCAUAUUAAUCCACAAAGUUUGGUAGAGUGACUGCAUAAUUGUUCUUACAGAUCUUUGGAUCUCAGUAUUUAAAUCCUGUUUUCGAGGAAAAACAGUUUUGACUAUUGCAUGUUCUGAUUUAAGAAAAAAAAAACUUUUGGGAAAGACUCAUCUGGAUGUUUUAGAGAUUUUGAUAUUUGCAUUUUCAGAUGUUUCCAUUUGUAGACUGACUACCUAAUUGCACUGGGCUCUGAUUAAUUGGUAUCUGAUACAUACUGAUUAAAUGACCCUUUUCUUUAUUGUCCAAUGCAAUAUUGGGUGGUUAUUUGCUGUAUGAGGACUGAGCUCCUCUUUAUACAGUUUUUUAGAGAGAAAAGGAAACUGAAGUUGGUUCUAUUUUGCUCAGAACCGAUGUUAUUUAAUGUUGAGGUGAACCUUUUUUCACUUUUACUCAUGGUACUCUAAACAUAUAGAACUCUGGUGAUGGUGAAACUAAUUAACUGAUGUAUAUUUUAAGUAGGAGUAGCCUCAGCCCUGAUGCUCUGUAACUGACAGAUAAGGAUAGUAGUAAUAAGUUGUGUUUUUCUGGUUUGACAUGCAGACUUCAGAGGGUUCAAACUGUGACAGAACAUGACUUUGACAAAUCAGAAGCCUUGUGGUUUUUUUUUCUUUUCUUUUCUUGUUUUCUUUUCUUUUUUAAAAAACCCUUCAGUGAUUGACCCGGGCAACCCCCCACCCCCCAAACCCCCCCAAGCCUUACAAAGGAGGGGAGGAGGUGUGUUCUGUCUGUCAGGAGUGCCAACGUGUCUGCAAUAAUAAGCUCUCCAUUAGAAGGGAGGGGGACAGGGGAGGUGUUUAAAGGCUCGACACACACAGUCGGACUCUCUACAUUGUAUCGUUGCUGAUCAUUGUGUGAUGACCAACCGUUGUCCUGAAGGAUGUUUCCCUGUCAAUUAAAAAUACAAGAUUUUUUUAUUCCUGA